UAGUAAUCAGCUAAAUACAUUUUGAGUGGAGGGCGGCUUUAAUGAUAAAAAGUGGGUGCACGUGUGACCAAGUGCACCUGACACUUAAAUACACUUUUAAAGUACAGUAAAUGAGGCCAUGCGAGCACCUUUAAUGAGGCUAGACUAAUAUCCUGUGGAAAGCCAAGGUGCCGGCAGCUGCUGAGAUCAGGUUUAUGUUGCAAUCCUAGCAGACCAAAGGGGCCUCAACAUGUCAACUCACUGAGGAUGAAUGGAGGAUGCUCCCGUGUCCUCUGUGCGUCUGUCCCUCUGAACAGCAGCACCCUCCCUCCUCCCUGCGCCCCGCGCGCACUCCGGAGUUGAGGAUGAAGACGCAGAACAUCAGGACCCUCUCACUCAUCCUCUCCAUGGUUUUCUACCUGCUCAUAGGAGCCGCCGUCUUCGGCGCACUAGAGUCGGACAGUGAGAGUUCAAGGAAAAGGGCGCUGGAGCAGAAGCUGAACGAGCUGAAGAUAAAGUACGGCUUCGCUGAGGAUGACUACCGGGAGAUUGAGAGAGUGGUCCUUCAGUCGGAGCCGCACCGCGCAGGCAGACAGUGGAAGUUCGCCGGCUCGUUUUAUUUUGCCAUCACUGUUAUCACCACGAUUGGUUAUGGCCAUGCUGCUCCACGCACUGAUGCUGGCAAGGCCUUCUGUAUGUUUUACGCUGUCAUGGGCAUUCCUCUGACACUGGUCAUGUUCCAGAGCCUGGGCGAGAGGAUCAACACUUUUGUCCAUUACCUCCUGCGCAGAGCCAAGCAGGGCCUGGGUUUACAGAAGACAGAGGUGUCCAUGGGGAACAUGGUCCUGGUGGGUCUACUGUCCUGCAUGAGCACGCUGUGUAUUGGAGCUGCAGCCUUCUCCCACUUUGAGGGCUGGACCUUCUUCAAUGCCUACUACUUCUGCUUCAUCACGCUCACCACCAUUGGCUUUGGGGAUUUUGUGGCCCUGCAGAAGAAAGAUGCUCUCCAGAAGCGAACCCCAUAUGUGGCCUUCACCUUCAUGUACAUCCUGGUCGGGCUGACAGUCAUUGGAGCUUUUCUUAACCUGGUGGUCCUAAGGUUCCUCACUGUCAGCACCGAGGAGCCUGAUGGAAGGCCUGAAGUGCAGGGAGAGGAGCAGGAUACGCAGCCUAAGGACACGCAGGGGGUCAGGGAGGCAGAAACUUCUGAUGUGGAAUAUAAAGACGGAGAAGACGGACACAGCAGCCGGUGCAACCUAAGCCUACCCAUGGAAGGGGGCACCAGCCGUAUAAACCUCCUCCCCUCUCCUGUAGAGGAGCGCAGACUUGUUAUAUCUGAACAGGAAGAGCACUCUAAGCUCCCUGAAGCCAGCAGGUUCAGAGCCUUGCUCUUCUGCAUGUGCUGUGACCCGGACGUUUACGACAGCCCCUCUCUGUCUCACUGUGAGCCUGAAGGCGGCCAUAGCAACCCAGUCUUUUACAACUCCAUCUCCUACAGGAUAGACCAGGCCUCAUGCAGCUCCUGCACCAUGUCGUCACAGACUUCCCCCAGCAGCGCAGCUCUCUGCCUGGGCAAGAAUAGUCUUCACACCAGGAGGAUGUCAUUCUAACUCUCUGAACUUUUGACCUAUAAGUCUAGGUGGGCUUUGUUUUGGACUUUUUGUACACACCACAGAAGAGAUAAAGCCCUCUAAAUUUCUGCGUGGUGGAACAAAUUGCCCUGUGCUUUCCCAGUCAUGAAUGUAGCAUUGCUUGUGAUCAGAUAAAAUGUAGCAUAUCAUAAAAAAUCAUAUAAAGUUUAUAAUGUUAUUUUUCUACAUUACAAGUGAAUACUAAAAUGAAGAUAUGUAAAAAAAAAUUAAAGUAUGUGAAAUCCCACCUUUAUUGUCCCAAUGCAUAUUGUAUAAAAGCUAAAGGAAACAUGUGAUCAACAAACUGUCACUGCAAGACAUGUGACUGAGAGAUGUGAUUUUUUUUUGAAUGAUUUUUAUCUGUGUGAAUAUUUAAGGUGUCAGACUUUCUGCAGCAUUGUCACCUGUGACCCUCAGUUAUUUCCAGUCAGUAAUCAUCGGUGUCUUCUAAUAGGAACGUACACUUCGUCGCUCUGGCUGGUUCCCUAGGUAACGCUUCCAUCCCGGCGCUUAGUGCAGUGGAAAACUGCAGAGGAACACAUACAGUACAGUGAGCAGUGAUUGUCUGAAGUCAGCAUCCAGUCAAAACUCAUUUCCAGACCGUGUCCGCUGUGAUGAACGAGUGCGUCAGUAAAGAAUUAAAUAUGAGCAGAGGCGCUUAAA